GAAAACAUUUCGGAUCAACAAGAUGAAACCCAAACACCAAUGUGGCAUAGUGUUAGAAAAUAAGCAUGCAGACGCACAAUGGUUGGCAAAGCAUUUCCUUAAUGAGUUUAGGAUGCACCCCAAUAUGGAAUUCUCAGCUUUCCACCAGAUGACACAAAAUAGCAAGUUCUCCAAGGUCUCGAACCAUCAAUUCUACAGGGCCCGUGACACUGCAAGGAUAAUAUUAGAGGGGUCUGUUAAGGAUCAAUAUGAAAUCGUAGAAGACUAUUGCAACCAACUUUUGGAAACAAACCCUGGGAGUACUGCAAAUAUUCAAACUAUAUUGGUUGAUGGUAAAAGGGUUUUUGAGAAGGUUUACAUAUGCUUAAAGGCAUGUAAGGAUGGUUUCAUAAGGGGUUGCAGGAGGCUAAUUGAAUUAGAUGGUUAUCAUUUAAAAGGCUAUUGCAAAGGAAUUCUAUUGGCUGCCGUUGGGAUUGAUGGAGCAAACUCAAUCUUUCCGAUUGCAUAUGCAGUGGUUGGGAAAGAGACUAAAGAAAGUUGGACUUGGUUUUUGGAGCUGUUAAAAGAAGACUUGCAUCCCACCGAUCCUUGCAUAUACACGAUGAUGAGAGAUAGGCAAAAAGGUUUGCAAAAUGCAGUGGACAAGAUUUUCCUUGGUUCCGAUGGUCGUUUUUGUGUGAGACAUAUGCAUGGUAAUUUUAAGAAAGAUUUCCCUGGACUUCUGCUGAAACAAAUGUUGUGGGCUGCAGCAAGAGCCACAACCCCAGCUGACUUUGAAAGAAAAAUGAAGGACUUAAAAGAUGUUAAUGAGAGAGCUUAUAAUUGGCUCGCUGCAAAGAACUCAUCCGAGUUGAGUAAAUCACACUUCAAAGAAUCUGUGAAGUGUGACAUGUUGCUUAAGAAUGUAUGUGAAAGUUUCAAUAGUGCAAUCUUGGAUGCAAGGGAUAAACCAAUUGUAACUUUAUUGGAGUCGUUAAGGCUUUGGUUGAUUCGUAAGUUUACCAAAAACAGGGAGAAUGUGGACAAGUGGAAGAACCCUGUGCAUAACAAUAUCAUGAAGAUAUUGGAUAAGCAAAUGGAAAUUUCUGCUUAUUGCUCUAUUCAACUUUCAAAUGCUACAAUGUUUCAAGUAACCAUGAAUGAUGGAAAGAGCUUAACUGUUGAUUUGGAUACACACACGUGCACAUGCAGAAGAUGGCAACUGACGGGGCUUCCAUGUGGACAUGGUUUGGCCACAAUAUUUUUUGCUAAACAUGAUGUGUGGGGAUAUAUUCACUCGUGGUACCACAAAGCAGCUUACGAAGGUACAGUAGGGCCAGUGUCGAGCCCAGACAACUGGCCAAACAAAGGAAUUAAUCCUAUACUACCUCCAGGUGAAAACAACCUUCCCGGAAGGCCAAAGAAGAAAAGAAACUUGAGUGCUAAUGAGCCGCCCCUGCUAAUGCAACCAAGCUUAGUAAAAAAAGGAUAACUGAAUCAUUGUGGUAAUUGUGGACAAGUUGGACACAGUAGAAGAACAUGCAAGAAUGAAGCUGCACCUACGGUUGAGAAGAAAAAGGGAGAGCGCCCACCUGUCAAGAACCCAACUAAAGAAACAAUCAAGAGGAAGAAAAGAAAAGAGAGACAAAAGGCUGGGGAAAGUGCAGUUGGAGCAGGGACCUCAACUGCAACUUCUUAAUAGAUUAUGAAUUGUGCAAACCCUUUUGAUAUUCAAACCCUUAAUAAUGUAGUAUUUUGAUCAUUUGGGGUAGUUUUUUGUAAAGUUUUCAAGGAGAUUAUGAUAGUCAUAACAUACUUUGGCAACAAGUUGUUUUUUGUAAAACUUUCUAGGACCUAAUAUAUAUUAGGAGCUAAAUUAUUUAUCUUAUGAUGGUGAUAUCAUGAGUACAUUCUAAUAACUCUUACAACUGCAGUGUACAAAAGGUUCUUUUAAAUAUAUAGUUGUGUUGACAUUAUAUAUUAUAUACAUGUACAUGAUAUAUUAUAUAUAGAUAGUUCAAUUUAAAAGA